AUGACGCAGUUUCGUCGAUACGGCAUCGCGCGACCAGAUCUAGAAGCUGAGGUAAAGAAGCUCUGCCAUCAAUACCACACCGCCAUCAGGGAUCAGAAACGCAAACAUUGGUUGGACUACCUGGAUACUGCAGAAAACCUAUGGGAUGCUGCCCGGUAUGCCAAGAAUGGUAGCGAGCGGAAACCUAUACCACCACUCCAGAUCACUCCGGAGGGAGAAUCAGUGAGGGAUGAGACAGAGAAAGCGAAGGUUCUCCUAGAAGCCUUCUUCCCGCCUACUCCGAGUAUUGAGAGGGAGGAAACCCGAGAAUUACCCGCACCGCUGCACAUGGACCCAGUCUCCGAUGAAGAAAUCGAAGCUGUUGCCAUGAGCAUGAACCCAUGGAAAGCACCGGGAGAGGAUCAGAUCCCAGCAGGUGUAUGGCAGCGGUUGUGGUCUACGGUUGGCAGCUCUAUCUGCAAAAUCUUCCGGGCUUCAAUCGCGUUAGGCCAUGUCCCAUCACGAUGGCGGAUUGCAAAGAUCAUCCCGCUCCACAAACCUGAACGAGAUUGGUCACGACCAAAUUCAUAUCGUCCUAUAUCACUGCUAUCGACCCUUGGCAAGAUCCUAGAAGCCGUCAUCGCGCAGCGACUCUCAUAUCUGACAGAAACCUAUUCACUCCUUCCACCGAACCACUUCGGCGCGCGACGGAAGAGAUCUAGUGAACAGGCUCUAAAUGUCCUAAUGGAAAGGAUUCAUGAAGCAUGGCGCAGGAACCAAGUCCUUAGCGUGGUCAGCUUCGAUGUCAAGGGUGCCUACAACGGAGUGGCCAAAGAAGUCUUAAUUCACCGACUCCAGCAAAGGCGGGUGCCUACAGCACUAGUGCAGUGGAUCGAUGCCUUCUGUUCACACCGACGCGCGAUGAUCGUGAUCAAUGACCAUUGCUCUGAAGCCAUGGAGAUUACCUGCCCCGGACUCCCACAGGGUUCGCCGCUGUCACCAAUCCUUUACCUUUUCUUCAAUGCCGAUCUGGUUGAUGUGCCAAUCAAUAAACUCGGAGGAGCAAUAGCAUUUGUGGACGACUACAAUCGGUGGGUAGUAGGCCCGUCAGCAGAUGUGAACGCAGAGACCAUCCAAGAACACGUAAUACCAAAGGCAUUGAGCUGGGCGGCAAAGUCUGGUGCUACAUUCGAGGCGCAGAAGACUCAAUAUAUCCACUUCACUAGAAACACCAACCGCAAUCCACAACCUGCGCAACCACUCAAGGUCGACAAACAAAAGAUUGCCCCGAGCAAUGCAGUCAAACUGCUAGGAGUGAUAUGUGACCAGAAACUAAAAUUCCGAGAACAUAUUGGCAGAGCCACCAAGAGGGGCAUCCAGGCCAGCCAAGCGUUGAUGCGACUAAGAGGGUUGAGACCACAAAACGCUCGCCAGUUAUAUCAAUCCUUAGUCGUAUCGACCAUCACAUAUGCGGCAUCAGUAUGGGCUACAGUGAAUAAGCAUGGGAAUAUUCCAGAGUGGAUUGUCAAACCAAUGGACGUGAUCCAGAAAACGACUGCAAAGGUAGUUGUUGGCCUAUUUCGUACAGUGUCAAGAUCAGUUGCGGAAGCAGAAGCGGGCAUCAUACCACUGAACAUAUACCUUCAAAAACGGAUUCUCCGCCACUGGAUCAACUGUCACAGUCUACCCAAUGACCAUCCUAUUCGGAAAUGCCUUCAAAUUCGUGGCCUCCUUACGUCUAAAUCUCCUUUUGGGAAGUUGACCCAAGUCCUACCACUGCAUCAAACACGGGUGGAACCCAUUUCCCCCUACAUUGCAUGUCCGUGGGAGUCGGAAUGGAAAAAUGCAAUCGUACUGGAUGAGGCACUGCAAGAGAAUCCAACUGAAUUUGAUAAGCCAAAAAUCCAGGUGUACACAUAUGGCUCAGCGCGCAACGGCCUAGCAGGGUUCGGCAUUGCAGUCAUGAUGGGAAACGCCAUCACGCAGUCCACCUCGAGGACAAUUGAGAUCCAGAAAACACUGACCUGCACAAUGUUCAAUUAG